CGCCGGACCCUGCCGGGGAGCCUGCCCCUGCCGGGCGUGCCCGAGCCCUGCUGGGGAGCACCGUGUGGAGGAAGGCCAGAAGCUAACUGCACCCCCAGAGCGGCACGUUCCCCCCAGCGGCUCUUGGAGCUGCCCCAGAGCCCGGCCCAGGAUGGCCCUGCAGAACCUCUCGCAGCCGGAGUACCAGCCGGGGCCGGCGCCCCCCGCGGGCAGCUUGCCUGGCUUGUCCAGCAUGGUGCGCUCCUUCCUGGGGCUGGUGCAGCCAAAUGCCUUCCCAGCCGAACUCCUCACCAACUUGAUCCAGCAGAAAAAUAACAUUACGAACCCUACUGUGUACAGAGAGGUGCUGGUUUAUGAGGUGGGUUUCCUGGUCUGCGUGGCCAUUGGCCUUCUCUUCAUCAUCCUCGUGCCCCUGGUCGGCUUUUGCUUCUGCUGCUGCCGCUGCUGCGGGAACUGUGGGGGGACGAUGUACCAGAAACAAAGCAAGCGCAUGGGCUGCCGGCGCAGGGCGCUCUUCGCCUCGGUGCUGCUGGUCACCACCCUCAUCCUGGCUGGGAACAUCUGCGCUUUCAUCAGUAACGACCGCGUCUCCCGUGCCGUGAACAGCAGCUUCGGUGCCCUCAACACCACGUUGGACAAUCUGGGCACCUUCGUCCGCUCCAUCCCCCAGCAAGUGGAUUUCAUCAUUGCCUCCAGUGAAGUGCCAGUGAGCCAGGCCAACGGCAGCCUUCAGAGCAUCGGACCCAUCCUGGGCGGCAGGAUCAUCUCUGAGGUGGGAGAGGAGGUGUACGGGGCGCUGGGCUCCGCCACGCGCCUGCUGGAAGUGACGGACCUGGCAGAGCAGGAGCUCCGAGCCGUGAACGACUCAGGCCAGCGCCUGCAGCAGCUGCAGGAGGAGCUGAGCCAGAACCUCAGCCGCCUGCAGGAGCGGAUCAACCGGACCCUGCAGAGCUGUGGCCAGCCCUGCUUCCAGGUGUCUGUCAGUGGCCUGGCCCCCGAGGCUGACUUCAGCAUGGUCCCCGACGUGAGCAGCCAACUGGCACUGCUGAGUAGCCUGACCAGUGGCAACCUGAGCGCUGCCUUGCAGCAGGCCAACGAGACGCUGAAGAAGACCCCCAUGAGGGUGGAAGAGCAGGCGCAGAAGGUGGUGGCAGACGCGCGGAGCCAGCUGGCCACGGUCAGGCAGAAGAUUGUUGGGGUGCGGAGUGAGAUCCCAGUGCUGGACACGCUGGGGAACGUCACGGCUGCUCUGGACACCAUUGGCAGGCAGGCCAGGGACUAUGAGCCGCAGGUUGCCACCUACGACAGCUACAGGUGGAUCGUGGGCAUCUGUCUCUGCUGCCUGGUGCUGCUGGUCGUCCUGUGCUACCUGCUGGCUCUGGUGCUGGGGGGCCUCGGUGAAGCCGUGGCACUGCCCACUGAACGUGGCUGCCUCUCCAACUCUGGCGGGGACUUCUUCAUGGCGGGGGUUGGCUUCAGCUUCCUCUUCUCCUGGCUGCUGAUGCUGCUGGUGCUGGUGACCUUCCUGCUGGGUGGCAAUGCCGACACGCUCGUCUGCCGGCCCUGGCACAGCGGGCAGCUCCUGCCGUUCCUGGAGACCUCGGACCUGACUGCGAGCUUCAACCUGUCGGAGAUGCUGGGGCUGCAGGGCGGGACGGUGACCCUCUCCGGCAUGUACAACAACUGCCAGCACAACCAGCCCGUGUGGCGCACGCUGCAGCUGGGCCGGGUCGUUCCCUUGGAUGAACUGCUGAACAUCAGUCAGUACACCGGCAUGAUCACCGCGGCCUUCGACCGGCUGAACGUCAGCCUGGACCCCAUCACCUUCCUGAGCCCCAGCCAGAAGCAGCUGCUCCGGGACGUCGGCGCCUCCGGCCUGGAGUCCAACUUCACCGGCGCCCUGCAGCAGCUGGAGAGGAACGUGACGCAGCGGGACCUGCUGGCGCUGGCAGAGCAGCUGGAGGUGCUGGCCAAUGUGACUGACAAUCCAACCAUGAAGCAGGAGCUGCAGGAGGAGGGGUCUGACCUGAGACAGAUCAAUGGGCAGAUAAGGUCCCGCUUCCCACCCAAGAUGCAAGCCCUGAACCGCAGCAUCCGAACCCUGCAGGCGACGACCCCCCAGGUCCCGGCGCAGAUCAAUGACACGCUGCAGCGGAUCGAGGAUGCUCAGACCUUCCUAGACACCAGGGCUGCGCAGAUCAUCAGCAACGAGAGCUGGGUCUUUCUGAACACGCUGCUGGGAUACUUCAAGUCCUACGUCGACUGGGCGAAGAGCACGCUGACGGGAGAGGUGGGGCUUUGCGGGCCUGCAGCCAAGACAGUGGAUGGGGCUGUGACCGUCGCCUGCAGUUACGUGGUGGAUUCUCUGAACGGCUUCUGGUUCAGCCUGGGCUGGUGCACGAUGUUCCUGCUCCCCGGCCUCAUCCUGGCCGUGCGACUCGCCAAGUUCUACCGGCGCAUGAAGAUCGCGGACAUCUACGAGAGCAACGGGGAAGCCCUGGAGAUGUCUCCAUCUGCAACGCAGUUUAAAAUCCCCCGGGUGGAGAUGAGGAAUUAGCAGGCGUCCCACCUGCACCCAAACCGGCCCCGGCCUCGAGCCCCCACGUAGCUGCUGCUGAAGGGAUCAUGGGGCGGCCACCCGCUGAUCUGAUUAGACACCUGGACUCCAUGGGCCGAACCAGCCAAUCUGCUGUGCCGGCUCCACCAAGCCCCGCCUUCCCUCUUAUUUGUUCAGCCAACCACAAGACUUGCCGGAGUGGGAGCCAUCCUGCUUCCCGCCCCCAUGGCUAUGUCGUGGUACAUAGCCCCUGCACUGCACCGCAAACCCAGAGUCGAUCGGCUGGGAGAGAAGGGGGGAAGAACCCAGCAGACCCUCCCCCUACAAUCACCCUGGGGGUUCGCUGGGGGUCUAACAUAAAGGCUGGGAAUCCCACAAUAGGGGCACGGCUCGUUGCGAUGGAGCAGCACUGAGGGGCUGGGCCAGGGCAGGUGGCUGGUCACAGGGGAUGGAGGGGAUGGGACACUCAAGCUCAAAGCAGCCCCAUGCCAGAGGGGCGCUGCAUGUGCAGCCGUGUGCCUGAGGUGUCCUGUGUGGGAUGGGCGCCUGGCUGUGUCCCCAAGCGCCCAUGUCCCAGACAAGGGGGCCUCAGUGCCUCAUCCCCCUCCCAGUCCGGCCCCCAGAGCACAGUGGGCUGGGGUGGGUGCCGGCUCAAAGCGGGGCCACUGGAGGCAAGUGCAGAACAUCCUGGCAGCAAUCGCUGGCACUGAUAUUAGCAGCCACCCCCAUGCUCCGGGGGCCCUGCUCUGUGGCUGGGGAGCAGAGCUCGCCCUGGGCCGGGUGCCCUGCGAUUAGGGGAUGGCCCUGCACCCUCCUGCCUGCCUGUGAAAGGAGCCCCCGGCUCUGUGCCCAUGCCCUGGUCGGCGUGGAGGCCACGCUGUGCAGACGCUGAUUAUUUAUUUUUGUAUGAAGGGGAGUCGCUGGGUGACACGGUGACAUGCUGUCGAACCAAUAAAGUGUG